AGGAGGAGAGAGGGAGGAGCAGGAGGCGGAGAGAGGAAAGGCAGGCAUGUUCAGUGUCAGGAGGCUGGCGGCUCAGUUCUUCUCUGUAACGGGACAGGCAAAGAUCUACUCAGCUGGGACCAUGAGUGCAGGCAACAUCUCGUGCGAGGAGCUGAAGAAGCUGCAGGAGUGCGGAACCGCGCAGGUUUUUGACGUGCGGAACCCAGAGGAGGUGGAGAGGGGCAAAAUCCCCGGCGCAGUAAAUAUCCCCGUUGCCGAGUUUGAGAAAGCCUUCCAGCUGGACCCGGAGAUCUUCGAGAAAACCUACAAGGUGCAGAAGCCCCGGGAGGAGGCCGAGAACUUCGUGGUUCACUGCCAGAUGGGGCGGAGGGGCGCGCAGGCCGCGCAAAUCGCUGCCUCCCUGGGGUACAAGCGUGUUCGGAACCUGACCGGCGGAUACAAAGAAUGGGCUGAAAUGGAAGGGGCGCACUGACAGCGGCCACCCGUGGCACACGCUAACACCAUGACAAUCCUACCUCUGCUGGGGGCGCCACCGGGUGGCAAUACGGGGUUAAUUAACUAUAUAAAUGCUGCUUUGUGUACUCUGCAAAUAAAUAAAGGUCUACGAUCCACGUCA